AUGUCGGGGGCCCUGGUCCUGACCGAGACCUGGGCAGGCUCCCACUCAGUAAUGUACUUGCACACCUUGGUAUCCCGGCCCGGCCCCGGGGAGCCCCGCUUCAUCUGCGUGGCCUACGUGGACGACACGCAGUUCCUGCGGUUCGACAACAACGACCCGAGUCUGAAAAUGGAGGCAACAGUGCCGUGGAUGCAGCUAGAGAGGUCGGAGUAUUGGGAGAGCCAAAAGCGCAUUGUCGAGAGCCACCUAGACAUUGCCAGACUCCAACUGACCAGCUUGCGGAUGUACUACAACCAGAGCGGAACAGGGUCUCACACCUUGCAGGUGAGGAAUGGCUGUGAAGUGGGCCUGAAUGGUAGCCUAAGCCAGCUCAAUGAAUUUGCCUACGACGGCGUUGAUUCCUGCACCCUGAUGGAGACGCUGCGCGCCAGGACCCCAGCGGGCAUGGAGGCGCAGACCUGGGAGGUUGAGUGGGAGGAGGUCCUCGCCUCUGAAUUCAACACUCAGCACCUGGAACGCGAGUGUGGGCAGUGGCUCCAAGAACACCUGAAGAAAGGGAACCGGACACUGCGUGCAAGAUGGUCACAUGAGGCUGCUUCAGUGGCUUGUGAAAGUAACCCAAAGUAUAAAUUUUCAGAACUCCCGAAGACACUCGUGACCCCACCCACCACCUCUGAGCAUGAAGUCAUCCUGAGGUGCUGGGCCCUGGGCUUCUACCCUGCGGACAUCACCCUGACCUGGCAGCGAGAUGGGGAGGACCUGACCCAGGACAUGGAGCUGGUAGAGACCAGGCCUGGGGGGGAUGGAACCUUCCAGAAGUGGGCAGCUGUGGCUUUGCCUUCUGGAGAGGAGCAGAGAUACACGUGCCAUGUGCAGCAUGAGGGGCUGCUGGAGCCCCAAGUCCUGAGAUGGGAGCCACCUCCUCAGUCUUCCAUCCCCACCGUGGGCAACAUUGCAAAAGUCCUGGUUCCCUUGGGGCAGUCCUGGUUCUCCUUGGAGCUGUGCUCACUGAAGCUGUGA